AUGAGAACAAGAACUCUUAUACGAGCAAGAACCACCGCAAUGCAAGCUUACCAACAAUGUAUAAAUGACCUCCUCUCAUAUGUAUUUAAUGGCAGCCAACCUCCACCUACAAUGGUUAAUACUCCUAGUCAACACGGUCUCCCUCGUGCAUGUGCUCCUCUACGUGGAUUCCCUAUCGUUGUGAUAUUACUUCUAUGUUGCAAGGAAGUAGCAUGUUUGAGUGAGUUUCGUGUGGAUGGGUCUCACCUUGUACAAAGUGUGUUAAGCUAUGUGUAUAGAAUGAAGUUGAAACACAGUGUUUCCCUGAAGGGUGCAACUUUUACUGCUACAAAUAAUACAUCCGCAGCUGCAUCAAUGAUUUGCAAUGAAGAAGGCAUCAUGUUCAAACUGGUCAUGGCUAAAACUAAUAUGCCUGACAUGGAUAUCCUUUCUUUUCUGAAUUUAGUACUUGAAAAGGACAUUCCUGUCAUCUUUAUCAACACUGGAGUAUUUGAUGAUGUAAGUAGGAAAGCUUUAUCUACAGGACUAUGUUAUUUCCUUCAGGAGCCAAUCACUCCCAAUGAUCUUAAAUAUCUAUGGCAACAUGUGUAUCACUCAAGAGCCUCUUCAGCCAGAAACACUCAAAAUGCAGGCUUUCAGAGCAUUGAGCCCCAUGCAGAAGGAUUACAGAAUACCCAGAUGAAACAGUUGACAAACAACGAAUGCCAGGUUCUUGGAGCAAAAAGAGGAAGAAACGAUGCUGACAUAAAAGGAAAGAGAAUUGAUUGGGACUACACAAUGCCAACCACACAGUGCCCGGUUCACCAAGCAUAUGGAGACAUAAACCGUGUUGAAGAUAUGGGCAAACAGAAAGAAAAGAAAAAUGUUGAACAAGAAAAGCCAGAUUCAUUGAGAUCGGCCAAGAUGAACUCUAACAUCAAUGAAUAUCUCAGAGUUUCUGAGUUAAAAAAACGUUGCACUGUUUGGACUCCUGAGUUGCACCAAGAGUUUUUAAAGGCCGUGCAAGAACUAGGAGAGAACAAUGCUCGUCCAAAACAGAUAUUAGUUCAGAUGAAUCUCAACGGGCCUUAUUACCUCACUGUUCGCCAGGUUGCAAGUCAUCUGCAGAAAUACAGAUUGCGGUUGAAAGGUGAAGAGAAGUCUCGCAAUUCGAAUUUGCCUACAGUAAGAACAUCAUCAUCCUCAAUGCAAAAAGCCAACUAUUCCCCACCUGAAGGGUCCACCUUGGAAGAAAACGGUCUCCCAGCACCAAAGGUUAUCUUGAAUGUGAAUCAUAAUCAAGACCAGAUUGCAGUGAACAACGCGGAAAAGCAAGCAGAUGCUUCGGAUUCACAGCCUAUGCCAGGUCCUUCAGUGGAUCUAAAUAUAUCUGAAACUGAUUUCUAUGAACUCGUAAGAUCGUUUGUGGAAGACUGUGACUGUUGUAAUUUGUAUAAAAACGAAUCCAAUCCUGCUGCUGAUGGUGAAUGCACUGAGAUGCUAAGAAAAGUUCUAGAUGGAAAGAGUUCCUCUUAA